AUGAGUAACCAGAAUGCAGCACUCGAGUUAAACAUGGGGUUCCGGCCUGAGCUCAAGAGCUUGGAGAGAACAGAAGGUGCAAUUGCAGAAGAAGACCCUGUCACAGCCCUGCUUGAAAACCAGCUCAGCGUGGGUGAUUUUGUCAAAAUGCAGAGGGCCUUUGAGCCUACAGACCCAAGACAUCCCAUUUCUAUGUCCAGAGAAGAUUUUAUACAGAAGAUGAUAGAGAUUGUUGGUUGGGGCUCAAAGGAAAAAUAUGGGGAGUUCUUUGACAAAGUGGAUGUGACCCAAGAUGGCUUCAUUAGCUGGGACAAGCUGACUUCAUUUAUGCUGAUGGCACUUUAUGAGAAAGAUGAACGAGCAAAGGCGACUGUGGUUCCUGAGUGGAAAGACCUGGAAUUCCUCCCAGGGAAACACAAGGACACCAUUCAAAAAGUUAUUUUCUUAAAAACUUCAGGUCGUUAUCUGACUAUUAGUAAGGAAGGUUUAUUAGGAAUCUGGGGAGAGAAUUUAAAGCUGCAAGAAUCAUUUCCCAUAACUUCAGAUGCCAUAAAGCUCAAACACCUGUGGGUGACAAGUCUGGUUUCUCUGGAAAAUGUUAACAAGAUAGCAGUGGCUUUUACAAGUAAAGAGAUUUGUUUCUAUGAUUUGCUGUCCAAAGGAGAAUUUCCUUGUCAAUAUAAACUCCAAGGCCUAAAAGGAACACCAAUUUGUAUGGAUUAUUGGUAUGACCCUCUUGAUGCCAAUGAAUCAAUUCUAUCUUUUGGAGACAUAAAAGGAAAGGUUCAAGCAAUUGUCUUCACAACAGCCUUGAUUUCCCUUUUUGAGCGUCCUGCCAGUACAUGUGAAGAUGAGGAAGCCACUGUGACCAUUAACUGGACAGAGCUGCUCUCUGGAUAUCACAAAUGUUGUCACACAGUAGAGCACACACUUCAUUGUGGAGACUGGGUCAGGCAAGUUACUUACAAUGCAUCUUUAGAUGCUAUCAUUUCCAGUACAGCCAGCAAUAUGAAGUCCAUGGUGCUGGCGUGGAGAGAGAAGUCAAAAAAGCACUUUAAAAUGACAUCCUUCAACAUUGCCCAGGGUAUCCAUGCUUUUGAUUACCACUCUCAGCUCAAUUUAAUUGCAACAGCUGGCAUUAACAAUAAAGUUUGCCUUUGGAAUCCUUAUGUUGUCUCUAAGCCAGUUGGAGUCCUUUGGGGUCACUCAGCCAGUGUGAUAGCUGUCCAGUUCUUUGCUGCAAGAAAACAACUUUUCAGCUUCUCCAGAGAUAAAGUUUUGAGACUGUGGGAUAUUCAGCACCAGCUGUCAAUCCAGAGGAUAGCUUGUUCUUUCCCCAAAAGUCAGGACUUCAGAUGCCUCUUCCACUUUGAUGAAGUCCAUGGACGACUUUUCAUCUCAUUUAAUAACCAGCUAGCAUUGCUGGCAAUGAAAUGUGAAAUCAGCAAGAGGGCGAGAAGCCACAAGAAAGCAGUCACUUGUGUUCUUUACAAUUCAGUCUUAAAGCAGGUGAUCAGUUCUGACGCAGGGUCAACCGUUACCUUCUGGAUGAUAGACACUGGGCAGAAAAUUAAACAGUUUACUGGUUGCCACGGCAACGCAGAAAUCAGCACGAUGGCCCUUGAUGCAAAUGAAACAAGGCUUUUGACUGGCAGCACAGAUGGAACUGUAAAGGUAUGGGACUUCAAUGGAUAUUGUCACCACACUCUAAAUGUUGGGCAAGAGGGAGUUGUGGAUAUUUUACAGAUCCUGGUUCUUAAGAAGACAAUAUUGGUUACAGGCUGGGAGAGAGCUAUUACUGUAUUUCGACCUCAGAACUUCAAUCAAUGUUUCAUCGAGCCUGAAGAAUGGAAAGGAGGCGUACAGCACCGUGAUGACAUCUUGUGUGCAGCAUUUUUACCGCCACAAACUCUUGCUACAGGGAGUUAUGAUGGAGAAAUUGUUCUAUGGAACAACAGCACAGAAAAUGCUUACUAUGUACUUCACCCUGAUUACCAAGUGCUGAUAAAAUCAAGAUUGAAUUCAGAACCUCAAAACCUCAGUGCUGAGAGAAGCUGCUCUACCUCUUCUACUGCAGACCUGGGUGCCUGUUCUCCUGAGUCUAGCACUGAGUGCAAUCAUGCUGUUAUGGGGCUUUGCUUCCUUAAAGCAAGAAAAAACACUGAAGUAACAGGAGGAGCUAACCUGGUUUCAUGUGGAGGAUCUGGGUUCGUCCGAUUUUGGAAUACAUUUAAGAGGCAACUUCUGGCUGAAUUUUUGGCUCAUAGUGGCGUUGGAGCUAUUAUUAUGGCGACAGAUAAUUUGAACCGAUACCUUGCUACAGGAGAUGCUGAUGGACAGUUGAAAAUCUGGAAUAUAGAAGAAUAUUGUCUUAAUCCCUGCCAGAACAAAAUCACACAGGCCCCAACACUGACAAGAUCACUGCAACCUCAUGAAGAGCAGAUAAGUUCCCUGGAGAUGUGUGAGGCUGGUGGCCGUGUGCUCGUCCUCUCCUCCUCCUCAGACUGCAGCGUUUGUGUGACUGAUGUCUACGGGGCUCCUGUCUGCAUCUUUGGUCAGGCACAGCUUUGGAAAAUUGAAAGUUGUUUUUCCUUCCCAAAGAUAGAUACUAAUUCAGUGGAAAAUGAGAUUCAAGACAAAGGUAGAAGGGAAAUUCCUUUACUUUUGAAGGAGGAAUCAUAUUUAGAUUCAACAGAACAGUCUUUACUUGAAAAGACAGACAAAGAUGAUUCAACAUACAAUGUCAAACCAAUAGAAGCCAUAAGUUUAGUUAAGAAAUAUAAGGAACGAAAUAUCUAUAAGAAAAAAACACACAAACAUUUCAAUGAUGAAGUUAUACAAGCAUCAUCUAGUGCAUUUAGGUCAUUACGCAUUGGAAUCCUGAACGAACUGCCUGAAGUGACUAAACCAGCAUUUCUUCUAGACCCUGAGAAAUAUUUUAGGGAAGAGCCAGAAGAUUGUCCCCAAAUUCCAGAGCUUCCAUCAUUUUCUGAAUCGUUGAAAGCUGUAUUUGAUGAGAGAAACCUGUUCCCCAAAGAAAUUCUGAAUCGUGAACAUAGAGCUGAGCAAUUAUGUCAAGAGACAAGUGAGGAAAAUGUUUUCUCUUAUCUCUCAAAAUAUAUGGAGCAAGAUGACAAAGACAAACGCCUGAAAUUAAACCAUGUUCCAAAUUAA